AUGGGCGGCGAAUGUGAUGAUAUAUUACCCAAAGUCAACGCGAUGGGACCCGAAGUGCAGAAAUUGGUUAGUGCUGCAAUCGAGGCCAUCGAGCUCAUUCUCAGAGAUCCAACCAAGGCGGAGCAAACCAAUUAUAAAAAUCAAGGGAAAAAUAGAGAACGGAUCCUUCUGCUUGCACGGCAAAUCUUCGGUGCUGAAUUCGGCGCGAAGUUUAAGAGUAGUCCGUUCAAAUAUUUGAAGCUCGAUAAGGAUUCUAUCGCUGCUAUGACUACCGUCAAAGUGGGUUCAGGAAUUGGCGUUGACUAUUACUAUGCAUAUGAGCUAACGACAUGUUUUGGAACGCAGGAAACUUUGAAAAAGCUUCAAAACUAUAUCAACAGUGGGGGCGAUUCUAAAUGGCGAUUGGCCUGCGGCGAUUCGUGGGCCAAAAAUGUCAACACGCUGCAAACAAAUUACAUCCCUUAUACCAAAGGUACACCCGUUAAAGAAAUCUCUGGCAUUAGCGGCGGUGUCGGAACCAAGAUGUCCUUCGACUACACCUGGUACGACCAGGGAGGACCGACGAUGAACCCCGAGCCACCUGAGAACCCCAACGAAAGUGAAGAAGAUAAAAUAGAACGCUGGAAAAUCCAAUCUACGUGGUAUUAUUCCGCAAGUAAAGGAUGGAGUGAGAAUGGACCGUGCAGCGGUAUUCAACACAAGGAUCAAGGGCCAGAAGCAGAAGCCUUGCACUCAAAACGGAUCAUCUACUUUUGCCCAACUGUUUGGGAUAAAGUCACCAGAAAUGUCUGGAAAGCAGACCUGACCAAAAUAAAGGGGGAUAUUCCGACCGAUGGGACCGCUCAUCUGGACAAUUAUCAGAGUCCUGGGGCAACUUUGCUCUACGAGAUGACCCAUCACCUCACUGGAACAAACGAUAACCUUGGCUAUGAUUUCAAGAAUGUUCAAGAGGGACGAACCAAGCGUCAGCUGGCAAUUAAAAACGCUGAUAGCUACAAUUACUUUUCGGCGGCCGCAUACCUGUCUGACUAUGAAUGGCACUCUGGCGUUGCGAGGUCACUCGGAACCCAAGAGACACAAAUUCAUACUACCUCUCGUUAG